AUGAGUAAACCAAAGAGAUGUGGAGGUCUGGGGUUCAAAGAUUCAAAGAAGUACAACUUAACAAUGCUUACUAAGCUAGCUUGGAGGAUGGUGACUAAUCCAAAAGAAAAAUGGGCACAACUUCUUAAGGCUUUAUACUUCCCAAAUAAAGAUCCAUUGGUGGAUGAUAUCUCAAAAAGCUACAGCUCAUGGGUUUGGAAAAGCAUACAACAUGGUCUCAAAAUUGUUAGGCAAUACUACAUAUGGGAAAUUGGUGAUGGAAGAUCAGCUAAAGAUGUCUUGCCAGUUAACAAGAAAUUGGGAACCUACAUAAGAGAUGUCAACAGUACCUGUCCUAUGUGCAAUAAAGAAGAAGAAACAAGCUCUCACCUUCUACUCAACUGUGAAUUUGCUUAUGUGGUUUGGUUUGGAAUGUCCUCAGCUCUUCAUCACUCAAAAAACAACAGCAAGUCACUUCAGCAAUGGAUAAAAUCAUGGUUCUCAAACAGUAACUCCUUAGAAGCUACCAAUCCUGAUCUAGCCAAUACAGCUGCUUGCACUCUGUGGCAAUUGUGGAAAUUCAUAUGUGAUAGAGUCUUCCAAAACAAAAUCUAUCAUCCUAGAGAAGUAAUCCAGAAAAUUAGAUCUUAUAUCAAGGAUAACAUUACUACUAGGGGUACAAUAAGAACAAUAACUGUUAGAAAAAAAGAAAACUGGCAAAGACCACCUAAACACUGGAUUAAAAUUAAUAUUGAUGCCUCUAUGAUUUAUGAUUUUUCUAAAGAUGGAUUUGCUCUAAUAAUUCGCGAUUGUACAGGAGGAUUCUUGUGGGCAACGGCCUUCUCAAAAGUAGCCAGAGACGUGAUGCAAGUUGAGGCUAUGAUUCUCUUGAAAGCACUCCAAUGGAUUAAAGAUCGAAAUCUCCAAAGAGUUAUAGUAGAAGGUGAUAAUGUUUCUGUUAUAAAUGGUUGUAAUGGUAAUCUUGUUGGUAUUCCAUGGGAGGAUCAUAGUUUAAUUUUAGAGUGUCAACAAAUCCUUAGUGAUUUGAGUCAGUGUGUAGUGUCUUGUGAAAGAAGAGGUCGAAACCAUGCAGCAGACUUGCUGGAAAAACAUGCGAGAAGGAGCAUAAGAGUGCAGUCUUGGUGGGAAUCACCUCCUGAUAUCAUCCGCGAAAUCUUAAACAAAGAAGCCAAUAUCUCUUCUCCUUCGUCAGUCUAG